UCCCUGUCAAUCAUUUCCACCAACAAAAAAACCCGCCCAUGACAGUUUUCAUUUCCGGUUGUGUCCCCGUUGCUUUUUGUCGUACUAGAAACUGCUAGGAACUUAAAAAAAUAAAGUGUGAAUAAAAGCCUCAAAUGAACGCAGAACUAAACCGAUAGAGGUGUUUAAUCCCCCAUAAACAUUUUACAGUUAAGUUUUAAUCAAAGACUUAUUAUAUCAGGUCCUCUUUUUACUUUUGUUUGCUACUGAAAACAAACGUUCCGCUUUGUCCGGAGGAUGAUGGAGUGCACACUGACAGCAAGGAAGACGUUUCUCUCAACUUGUUUUCGUGCUGAAGAAGUAACUUUAAAGUCUUAUUUUAGAGCUAUAUACGUGUUGUAAGUCACAAACUAAUUAAGUAGCUUGUUGUUGAAGGUCUUUCUGGUUUAAUAAGCGGGUGUUCACGAAGGAAAAGAUUGUUUUUGGCAGCAAACCGCCGUUUGACGUUUCUGUUGGUGCUGAGUUCAACGUCCAAACUGGCGACACAAGAUGUCAGAGUCUGCUGACAGUCACACCAGGACGUUGAACUUCAACGUCGGGGUGCUCGGACAUGUGGACAGCGGGAAGACGAGCCUCGCCAGGGCGCUGAGCAGCACCGCCUCCACGGCUGCCUUCGACAAGAACCCGCAGUCCCGAGAGAGAGGCAUCACGCUGGACCUCGGCUUCUCCUCCUUCACGGUGGAUCUGCCUGAUCAGCUGCGGAGGGACGGAGGAGGAGGAGGAGGAGGAGGAGGAGGACAAGGAGGCCAGCAGCAGCAGCAGCAGUAUGACAGCCUGCAGUUCACUCUGGUGGACUGUCCGGGACACGCCUCUCUUAUCCGGACUAUCAUUGGGGGUGCCCAAAUAAUUGACCUAAUGAUGCUGGUGGUGGAUGUGGUGAAAGGGGUGCAGACUCAGACUGCAGAGUGUCUGCUGAUAGGAGAGCUGACCUGCCGUCGCAUGGUGGUCGUCCUAAACAAAAUUGACCUGCUGCCACCCAACAAAAGACAGAGCGCCAUUGAGAAAAUGACCAAGAGACUGCACAAAACUCUGGAGAGCACCAGAUUUAAGGAAUGUCCAGUGAUUGCUGUGGCGGCGAAGCCCGGGGGCCCCGAGGCUGCUGACACAGAGGAGCCACAUGGAGUGCCAGAGUUAAUAGAGCUUUUGAAGAAACAGACAUACCUCCCUCAGAGAGACCCAGGAGGUGACCUCCUGAUGGCUGUGGACCACUGCUUCUCCAUCCGUGGUCAGGGAACAGUCAUGACCGGAACCAUCCUGCAGGGGUCGCUGGCCAUCAAUGACACUGUGGAAAUCCCAACACUAAAGGUAACCAAGAAGAUAAAGUCGGUGCAGAUGUUUCGGAAGCCUGUGUCGGGGGCCAUGCAGGGGGAUCGUGUGGGUGUGUGUGUGACACAGUUUGACCCUAAACUGUUAGAGCGGGGUGUGGUGUGCACCCCAGGGUCCCUGCGCACCCUCUAUGCAGCAGUCAUCUCUGUGAGGAAGAUAGGCUACUUCAAGGGCUCUCUUGCCAACCGUGCCAAGUUCCACAUCACCAUGGGUCAUGAGACAAUCAUGGCGAGGGUUGCCUUUUUCGGCCUGCCACCUGCGGCUGCCUCAGAGCCGCCCACAGACGCUGAACCACCUCCACUACAGCCCUGCUCACUGGAUACACCCUUCACCUUUGAGAGGGAGUACUUCUACCAGGAUGAAUAUGUCACCGGUCAGGGAGAGGUGAGUCCAGGAUCUGACCCAGAGCAAUGGGCUUUGUUGGAGUUUGAGCGGCCAGUCACAUGCCCCUCACUCUGCCUGGUGAUCGGUUCCAAGCUGGACACAGACAUCCACGCCAAUGCAUGCCGGUUGGCCUUCCAAGGCCGUCUGCUCCAGGGGUUUGAAGAUAAAGGCUACGCUGAGACGGCCCUGCCUCGUCUGCGCAUCUACAAGACGAAACACAAGGAGGGACAGGUGGAAAGGGUGACUGACGAUUACACUGUGAUUGGCCGCAGCCUGUUCAAGAAGGAGACCAACCUCCAGCUGUUUAUGGGGUUGAAGGUCACGCUGUCGACAGGCGAGACUGGCGUUAUCGAGGGCGGGUUUGGACAGAGCGGGAAGUACAAGAUCAGAAUACAAGAGGGCCUUUGCCCAGGAACCAAGCAGUUGUUAUCCUCCACCUCUAAGAAGAAAGGGAAGGGUGGAAGCAAAGGAGAACCAGCAAAUGAAGAGGAGCCCAAAACCGACUCUCAGCCUGUUAGCAUUCACUUGCAUUUCAAGCGGUAUGUCUUCGAUCCACAUAAAAAGAUGGUUCAGUCUUGACCUUUCGUUGCACGCUCUUGAGCCUGGCAUUGUGUCACAGUGCUUCAGUGUUUCAGAGGUCGUGUAGAGGUGAGGGGAAUACUGGCCUCUGUAUCAGAGGUAUGAUCAUUUUAUUCUAUCAGCCUCUGAAGGAGACAGUCUGCUGAAAUGCAAUGAUUGUGGAAUGCUGAUUUUUUCUUUUUUUAUCUCCCUUUAUGGAGAUGGACUUAAUCCAGUUUUCUCCAUCACAAGGGUGGAAGCCGACCAUCUGUCCUUAAUGCAUUUGAGUUGUCUUCAACAAAAAUCACUACUUUUGUUCUUAUUUGUAAGUCUGAAUCCAUUUUUUUGACUUGCAGAAAACUUAUCAGUAUGUUUCUAAAUCAGCUGAGCCUUGAUUGGCAUAAACACAUCAGCUAGCAUUACAGACACACUGAACUCACAGACUUCUACAGAUCUUUGUACUCACUGUUAUGCGUCUUGCUCUCCAGCUGGGAUAAAGGUCAUGUUGUGUUUCAUUGGCUGUGUGAGUUCAAAGUUAUUUGUCCAUAUUUCAAUAUUUUCCAUUUCAUUUAAUUUUAAAACAGUUUGUAGAGCUGCAUUUUACCCAGAAUAGCAGUUAUUCCAGAGGUUGCUUGAGCUGAAUUGAAUACUGAUCUUUACAGAAAGACAAAUAAAGCAAACUUAUGCUGAAACUGUAUUUCUGACUGAUAUUUUCUGUGUGAUCAUUGGUAGUAACCUUGAUGUAAUAGUUGUGUGCCAAAUUAUAUUUGCAGAACAAGCUUAAUUCAUCAGUAAUUAUGUACAAUUUAUUUUUUUUUACAUAAGCACAAUAUGAAGCCUUCUCCAUGCUCGCUGCAGUUUGUAUGUAAAGUACCUACAGCGGCAUAUGUACAACAGUCAAAAGAAAAACUGUAUCCACAUAUUUUAUUUGCAAUUCCUACACACUAAAUAUAUACUGAACCCUAAACUUUAAUGUGUGUCUAACCCACGUUUCUCUCCGGCUAGUUUGUUAUGCUGCCAUCCGUACUUUGCAGCAUAAUGGGACCAUUUUAAAUGAGUUUUCCAGAUGUCACUCUUUCCAGAAUCAAUUCGAUACAUAUACAAUCC